AUGCCUCAUUUCUUGGACUGGUUUGUGCCAAUGUAUCUGAUGAUCUCAAUUCUUAUCUUGGUGGGCUUUGGAGCUUGCAUAUACUACUUUGAGCCAGGACUUCAGGAAGCGCACAAGUGGCGGACACAAAGGCCAAUCAUGGAACGAGACCUUCGGAAAACACUGAUGAUACGGGACAACCUUGCAUUUGGGGUGCCUGAAGUCUAG